GCCCCAGCCGCGGCAGAGAGGACGUAUCCUGCGGAGGGGAGGGGAACGACCCUCAGAGAUCUCUCAAACCUCUCGGCUGCCGCACACGGAACCGCGCGCGAUAUGAGCCAGGUCACCUGGACCGGGAAGAGGACAAACAUGCUCCCGGAGAUCGCCGCAGCAGUCGGCUUCCUCUCCAGCCUCCUCAGGACCCGAGGCUGCGUGAGCGAGCAGAGACUGAAGGUGUUCAGCAGGGCUCUCCAGGAGGCACUAACAGAGCACUACAAACACCAUUGGUUUCCUGAGAAACCAUCCAAGGGCUCUGGUUACCGCUGUAUCCGCAUCAACCACAAGAUGGACCCCAUCAUCAGUAAGGUGGCCAGCCAGAUUGGACUCAGCCAGCCCCAACUUCAUCAGCUGCUGCCCAGAGAGCUCACUCUGUGGGUGGACCCCUACGAGGUAUCCUACCGAAUAGGGGAGGAUGGCUCUAUCUGCGUCCUGUAUGAGGAGGCCCCGGUGGUCACCUCCUAUGGGCUCCUCACCUGCAAGAACCAAAUGAUGCUGGGCAGGAGCAGCCCCUCCAAGAACUAUGUGAUGGCGGUCUCCAGUUAGCUCCUCUGCCAUCCUCGCCUGCACUCUACUGUACUCAUCCUGCCGUGACAACAGGCCACAUCAUACCUCAACCUGGGGAACUAUAUUUUAAAUGAAGAGCUAUUUAUAUAUAUUAUUUUUUUAAGAAAAGGGGAGGAAAAACACCUAAAGAUUUUUCUAAAGAAGAAAAAAAUCCUUAAAGGGUGCUGCUUGGAAGCAGCCACCCCAGGUGCCUUUGGAGACAACUGUUGUACACUUCAGUCUGGGAGCCAAUGUCUGCCUAUGGGAGUGAGGAGUGUUUAGAGGUGGGCCUGACCAAGGUGAGGUUAGGGAAGCUUGGCCAGCACCUCAAGAAGAUGUGAGAGGGAGCAAGCAAGGUUAACAGCUAUAAAUGAGAUCGAUCAAGAUCUGCCCUGGGAGCUAGGGGGGAGGCUGCUUCAAGUCUGUCACUCUCCCAAACCUGCAUCCCUGACCUCAUGGACAUUCAGGAACUUAACUCAUGCUGCCUAAUCUUCACUUUUGUUUUUCUGAUGAGAUCCUGGGCAGAGAAUGAUUCCUUCUAUCCUAAGCAGCUUUUUAUAAAAUCACUAAAUUCUAUCCCGAGGGUCUUGUAGAUGUUGCUUCUCAGCCAGGAAUCUAAAGCUUAUUGUUUUGUGGGGAUCAGGGGAGUGAGUAAGGCAGGGGUUGCUUUGCAAUGUGCUGCUUUGUGUGUAACUGUAGUGAAUAAUUUGGGGGUGAUUUGCAAUGGAAUUUUAGGAUCCAAAGAGUAUCCACUGGGCUUUUUUCUCUUUUUUUAGGCCAAAAUUCUUCUUUUUGGAACAACAUGAAAGUCCUAAUGUUGCUGCCAUUAUCCCUUUAAGAGGUGGCUCAAAAGCUGUAGGGAACACCAGGUCUUUUAUUUUACUGCCUUCUUUUAAAAAAGCACAAAACUCCUCUCUAACUCUCCCCACUUCUUCCCUCUGGUUGGGUCAUGGAGCUACCCUAUUUUCUAGGACGAGAGUUCUCAGUCACUGUGCAAUAUGGCUCCCCAGUCCCAGAAGGAGGUGGAAAUCUAGCCCUCACAACCUCCUGGUGCUCUGGUGGGCUGAGGGAGCCAUCUCUCUCUCUGUCCUCAGAACUGUAGCUGGCUGCUCAGGUAUCCCUUGGCUGAUGGAGAGAAAGCCCCAAAUUCUAUAGGAUUACUUGGUAUUCUUGUAAUGCUGACACUAAAACCAAACAUCGGGCAUUGUUUUUUCUCCCUGGUGCUCAGAGCACCUCUGAGAGAGGUUGCUGACUUCCUCAGUUCAAUCCAAGUUUGUCUGUAGAUUUGUGCAAUAUUUACUCUUCUGGGUUGGAGAAAAAAUGGAAAACUACCUUUGGUUUCUCAGUGACAUUAGUGAGGGGUCCUCAGAAGGCCUUGAGUUUUCUAAACCUGAACCAGGUUAAAAAGGACAUAGCUAGAACAUCUGGUCAACCUGGCUACCCUCCUGCCAUUGACCUUUAGUGAGGAAUCUCCCCCACCCCCACCCACCACCACUCUUAAAGUCCCCUCCCCAUUUCAUCCCCCUUUCCUGAGUUUCUUAACUACUCAUUCUGACUCAGAGGUGCUAUUUAACAAACACUCUCCCAACCCAUUCCUGCCUGUUUUGCCUCCUUUUCAAUUCUCCAGAUCCAAGCUGUUUUCCUAAACUCUGCUUACAAUGUUUAUUGCUUUAAAGGUAGGUCCGGGCCCACAGACACAGGAGCUUAUUUUCUGGCUGGUGGGUUGAAACAAAGCUGUGAAUCACUGAAGAUUAUGUUGUUGCAUUUUGUCUGCAAACAGGUCCCUGCUUUCUUAGAAACAACCUCAUGGUCUCAUGCUUAAUCUUUUCUCUCUUCUCUUCUUUUUGAUGUUCACUUUAAAAAAAUAAAAAUGCCCAGAGCUGAACUGUUGAACAGGCCUGUCUCUCCUAUUAGGUAAAAAAUAAUAGUGCUUUUGUAAGCUAUUCUGAAAGAAAAGACAAAGGUUACUAAUUGUCAAAUAGUGUUUUUAUAUGGAAGAAUGUACAGCUUUAUUGACAAAUGUACACUUUUUUGUUACUUUAAUAAAACUGUAGCAGAUGAAGUGUGUGGUGCAGAGAAGGUAAAAUUAUCACAUUGCCAAUUUGGGUGUCUUUCCGAUCCAAAUCCUCUCUUUGUAUCUUCAGUUGCACUCUGAAGACCUAAAUCAUGUGGCUAGAGAAAAGAAAAAUCUAAGUUGUGUGGUAAGGGCAUUUCUAAGCAUCCCUUCUUCCUCAGGAAAUAGUUCCUUAUUUACUUCCUUUAAUGCACAUUCUAACAGUUGACAGUAUUCUGGUAGCAAAGCACUUAAUUCAGCCAGGGCCCAUCUUAUGCAUCCUGUUCUUGUGAGGCCUUAGUUGUAUUCACUCCUUUCGUUUAGCAAGAAUAUAUUGUCAGUAAGUUCUGGGCACUAGAAAUAUUAAAGGUGAUUAUGACACACAGCUUAUCUUCUCACAGACUGAGGUGGUGAGCAGGGGACACCGAACCCUUUCCAAGGUUGGGCAGAAAUUGUUAGAAAUUACUGGUACAGGCUCUCCUAUCCUCUCUGGAACUACCCUUUGCUGCCCACCAGUCUCAUCUUAUUAGACAAGAAAAGUCAGACCUCACUAGUUUCCAGUGACAUCACAAGUACGUUUUUGACCUGAGCUAGUUUUCUUUAAAUGUUCUUGGCCAUAGGUGCUGUCUUUACAUUUUAAACAUGUUGACUCAUGAACAAUGAGACCCGGCCCCUAAAACACACACAUUUUAUUUCACACCUCCACAACUCUCCUCAACAAGCUUGUAGUUUAACCUAGGUGUCCUAGGUGGCAGGGGCCUUGGAGACUCUGUGUGAUACACUUGGAGAGUAGGUGAGUUGGGAUAUGUAUAUGGGGAAAGCCAGCUUAUAUGUAUCAUAAAUAGAACUGGUUAUGGAGACCCACUUGUGUUGAGGGGUUAUUUCAAUAAAUGUUCCCAUUUUCAUUUGUAGCUCCUAAUACAAAUGUCCUAGGCACGAUAAGGAUCCAUGUUUUUGGGUGUAAGGACCCAGGAUUAAGGUUGAAUUUUUGCCCAUCCAAGAGUGCUAUUUUCUUUUUUGGUACAAAGUCAGCAUCUACCUUGUUUCUUACUAGGCCUCACUUAGGUAGAAUAUUUCACUCAGUAGAAAGCCUGAAAUUCACCGAACCUUGUCUAGAGGGUAAUGGGACAUCAUCACACAUCCCUGUCUCCAAGCCAGGGAAACUGCAGAGUGGCAGGUUCAUCUUGGCAGUUGCUCUUGGCUCUUGGCAGACUAAAUAGUCCCUCAAUUUACAUGGAAGGGGUCUGUGAUCAAGGAAUAUGUUACUUGCAUUAGAUCUGACCAGAUUCACCAUAGGUGGAGAGUGCCACCUAGCCAGCUGAGGUACAGGAGCAGUCCCCAGAGUUAUAAGUAGUAGCUUCAUGCGUCAGGGACUGAGCUUUAGUUGGUCAUUCUGCUCCCAACUUCCCCAGUUGGUAAACAGUGUCAGCACUGGGAGACCUGCGCUCAGUCAGCUGUUUGUGGAUGAUAAUGCACCUCCCAAAGAGUGUAGACAAGGCCCUGGGAGCUGCAGAUUAAGAGCCCAUCCUGGGUCCUGAUAAGAAGCUUUGGGUGGAUGAGUCCACGAUGCUUCAACAACAAGCCCAGGAGGAAGAAACCCACUUCUGUGGGUCUGAAAUCUAAUCCUUUAGGAAACUUUGGUAAGAGAAGAUAGGCCUCCUGGCUUCCAGGCCAGUGCCAGCACCCCUACUCAACAAAGCAUGGAACACUAGAGAAUUCUGGACUGGCAGGGAGAAUAUAUGGGUGGUAGUCUAGAUCCUGCUUCCUAACCAGCUGUGUUUGGAUAAGCCCCACAAUUUUCCUGUCUCAGAAAUUAGGGGUUUGGUUUAAAUGACUUCUGUUCCUUUCUUCAGCUUUUGAUUCUAAAUCAUCUCCAUUAUCCUAGCAAUCACUGUAGGGUAAAUUAGCACAAUGAUUAUCAUCAUUUUCAAUUAGGUGAAUUGAAAGGGUUUUUUUGGGGCUGGGAAGUACAAGAAUACUCUUCUCUGGUUUGUAUCACACUCCUGCCUGAUAAGUUUUCAGUGCCCAAGGUAGUGAGGCAGCUGCAUACAGAUGAGGCCCUCAGGCUCUGGUGUGAGGCUGUCUGAGGGAAUCUCACCAGCUCUACCGCCUGCCUACAGUCUGUGCAACCCAGGCCAAGUCCCUUCAUCAACCGGGCCUCCAUUUCUCCAUUUGUAAAAGUGGAUUAAGAAUAGAAUCCAUCUCAUAAUCUUGUUAUGAGUUUUAAAUGAGAUCAAUGAACUACUUAGAAUUAGUGCUUUUCACAUUUAAGUACACAAUAAAUGAGAAUUACAGUUUUAAGUCGAAGUUAACCUCAUCUCUCCUAGGUGCUCCAAAUUGGUCCUGACAUGACUAAGGACACUCUGGCACUCUGAUAACUGGAAGGAAACCAUCAUUAAAGUAAUAGCUCCUACUAGCACCUUCCAAAGUGGCUAUAGUUAACACCUUCCAAGCAAGUCUGUGUCUUCUCCUCCCAUAGAUGACUUUCAAUCCUUUGUUUAAAAACUUCACAGUCCCAAAACCCAUCCUAGUGUUAUAUGUAGCCCAUAAGACCCAGCUGAAUGAAUGAACUCAUGUCUGAACUCUGCCAUCCUUGCUGAAAUGUAUGGUGUCCUUGCCAGACAAUUGAUCUUGUUGACCACAGAGCAAUUUGACCUGCUGGUUCCACGGUCUGCUUGUGGGUUAAUACCAAACUGAGAUACAUGCUCAUUCACACACAAAGUGGGCAGGAAAGGGAUUUUCUAACAACAACUUUGCUUACCUCCAUUCUGCCCAACUGUGGAAUCAUAUCCACCCUCUUUCCCUUCCCAGAAGAGAGAAAUGAUGAAGCUGAAAAUGAUGUAAGCUUGAUGAUUUCUGGCGUUCUCUCUAUAACAUUUCUUUACAGAACUGGCAAGAAAAACAUUUGAGCUCAGUCUAAGAGGCUAAUAGGGCCCUGGAUAGCCAUCUUGUACAAACAAGUGUACCCCAGAUGUGCAGCCAGUCCUAUCCUCUGCUUUGAUAGGAGCCUGGUUCUCUGGCCCCAGCAACUCCAAGUCAUUUUGUUCCCAGCUGACACCUGUCUGUACCACUCCCCAUCAUCAGUCCCAUACACAAGAACAGGCCUUUAUUCAACCCUUGUCCAGUAAACCUGACAGGCCACCCAGAGCACGUCAGAUAAGAGGGGUGUAGCUGGGCAGGUUGAAGCAAUGGUGACUUUAUUUACCACCAUGAGCAGGGAGGAGCUGCUUAAAGUUCAGUGAGCACCAGGUGAUAGAAGGUGGGGCAAGGAAAUCAGUGAGUAAGGAUGGCUGGACAGAGGCUGUGCUAAACUUAGGGAACAAGCUCAAGCCUUGUCUGAACACCCCCUGUCCAACCCUGCUUCACUCCUUAGCUCUAGUCCACUGUCAUCCUAGGAAACUGGUGAUACAAGAUAUUGUGAUUUUUCAAGAGAAACCUGAAAUAUACUUUUAUUUGAUAUCUCCCUAAAUUCCAAUAAUGGCAACUAUUUUUAAGUGUUAGACAUGUUUUUUAAAGUACAUAUCUUCAUAGGCCCCCAUUCUGUGACCUAUGAUGCAGCUGGAACCUCUUGAAUGUGGGGAUGUGGGGGGUUUUGAGCUGCCCCCUCUCGCACACUCAUAUUAGGAAGGAGGCUCUAACCAUGGCCAUGGUCUCAGGAAUAAGCAUCCAGCAUGUUCCUGAUAGAACCAAAGGCACACACGGGGCCUAUGCUUCUCCAAAAAGAUUCAACUGGAAGUAGCUCUCUCCCCUCUCAUCCAGCUGGUGUUCAUUAACCUGUGCCUGGGAGUGCAGACUCUGGGCCUUUGCUCAAGGAAUGCCCUGCCUGCUUUCUACCCACUCACUUUUGUCUGGUUAACUCAUCUCUCAAGAUUCAGACCAUCUCUUCCAGAGACACCUUUCCACUGGCAUCUCUGCCUUCCCCCAUGUGUAUUCCCAUGAUACUCAGUUCUUUCCUCUGUCCUUGUCCUUGUAACUUUGAAUUUUAGCUAAAAUGCAGACCCCAGACCCUGCCAAGCAGUGUCUGGUGCUUCAUAGGUCUUAAUGAAUAUGGUGAAUAUUCAGGUUGAAUAAAUGCCAAGAAUAAAAGCCUAAUAGAUGAAAGGGAUUUAAAUCAGGUAGAAGAAAAACCAAUCAGGUCAAUUCAGGAUCUGCCAAUGAGGAAUCCCAGCUCACAAUAGCCAACCUGUGGACUGUACCUUGUUAAGAAAACGAUCUUUAAUGUCUUGCAGGCUAUUCUGCCUUUAAGCACCUGCUAUUAAAUGUAAAUGUAACUUAGGGAGGAGUGGACAAACUUUAAAUCAUAAUGUAGGAGAACUUUAGUUAUCAAUUAACUUCCUAAGUAGGUUUACCCAGAAGGUAAUUGCAUGGAGAAAAAAAGGCUAGACUAUCAGGAAGGCACUCUGAC